CCGGCGUCAUCAGCCCAUAAGAACAGUACCACUCACCCGCAGUCAACCCUCGCAACCAAUCGCAUACCCUUGCAGCCGAAGGCCCGCAUAUCGUCGACGACACAAGGCACAACCGUUGGACACUCCAUCGAUACCAACCUCUACCGACACAGGUGUUAUCGACUCAACUUAGUCAACCUCGAUACAUCCACAGAUUUGUCAUAAUACCCUAACAAUGGCGACUGUAGACGAGCGAGAGCUCCAGAUCAACCCCAUCGUUGCAACCAGCGUCCAGCACAACACACAGGUAACAUCCAACAUCCGCAACCUCACCGCCUCCCUCUUCGGCGUCGCCGCCGGCACACUGGGCCUCGAAUCCUACCCCGGCUUCAUCUUCUACCUCGUCGCCUCUUCCGUUGUCUCGGUGCUGUUGUUCGCGUUGAAGGCAGAAGGCCAGCCGGGGAAGUACUUCUAUAAGCCGCUGGGGGAUAUGUGGCUGGGCGAUGUGUUUGGUGGGUUGAGUGGGUUUGUGCUUACUUGGACGCUGUUUUAUGGGUUGGUCAGGGCGUGAGAGGGGCGAGAAAUAGAUGAGGAUGAUGUUGGGCAAUUGGAGCGAUAAGGCGAUGAUCCCGGGCGGACUGCUACCGUGCGUGUGGUACAUGGACGCGAACCACACAACGAGCAGUCUGGGGCGCAAGGCUGGAUGUACGACGUAGGCUGUUAAUGAGGUCUUGCGUUGGUCGGUAAAUGAACAGCAGGACGAAGCAAACCAGGUUCCCGGGUCCCCAGAAUAAGUGGUAGAACAUGGACUUGCCUGCAAGAUACCCAAAGAAUAGAGCACAUAAGUCAACCUUCGCAGCCGGCAGAAGCAGCUUGACUAAUCCUAAACAUAGCACGGCAGGAUAGCAGGAGAACAUAGGAGCUGGUUAAGAGUCGAAGGGGAUCUGAAGGGCUUCAGUGCUAGAUCCUGCUACCAUCCUUGCAACGUG